AAAGAGCAGAGCCUUCAUAAGAGAGCUUUUGUGGAAAAAGUCUUUAUAAAGAAAGCCUUUACCCUAGCACUCCUAACAAAAGCUACCCCAACAAAAGCUUCCACAACAAAAGCUUACUCAACAAAAGCUUACUUAACGAAAGCUCUUCUCAUAGAAGCUUUCUCAACAAAAGCUUCUUUUAUGAGAGCUCUUCCUACAAGAGCUCUUUAUACAGAAGCUCUCAUGAGAGCUCUCUUUACAGAUGCUUUCUCUACAAAAGCUCUUCUACAAGAGCUCCCCCUCAUAGAAAUUCUCUUUACAAAAGCUUUCUUCACAAAAGCUCAAGCUUAA